AUGCCUGUCGACUUCCAUCUCGGCCCAACCGAGGCCGCCACCCGCGCUGCCGCCGCCGGAUUUGCCCAGCAUGUCCUCAAGCCUGCCCGCGCCGAGUACCUCAAGCAUGCCCAGCAUACGGAGAGAUUCCAGGCCACUAAGCCGGCCUAUGCCGCCGCUGUCCAAGGCGGCUUACUGAAGGGCCAAAUCGCCCCUGCCCACGGCGGCACCGGUGGUAGUCUCAUCGAGGCGGCCAUAAUGGUCGAAGAGUGCUAUUCUGUCGAGCCGUCGGCGGCACUCACGAUAUUCGCCACCGGCCUAGGUCUAACCCCGCUCAACAUCGCAGGCAAGCCGGAGCACGCCGAGUUCCUGGCACCCUUCCUCAGCGGCGAGGGCACACCGCUCGCCUCACUAGUCUUCAGCGAGCCCGGCGGCGUAGCCAACGCCUUGGAGAGGGGCGCACCGGGCUUCCAGACCACCGCCCGCCGCGAGGGCGACGAGUGGGUCAUCAACGGCGAGAAGAUGUGGGCGACCAACUGCGCGGGCUGGGACUUCCGGGGCUGCGACCUCGCCUGCGUCGUCUGCCGCGACGUGACCGACUCCCCCACUUCCACGGAUACGGCUAGCGACCCCAAAGACCACGUCAUGAUCAUCCUCGUCACGCGCGCCGACCUCGACCGCAACGGACCCGGCGCCUUCCAAGUCCUGCGGCACAUCGCCACGCCGGGCCACACCUCGGUAUCCGGCCCGCACGUCCGCUACACCGACGUGCGCGUGCCGGCCAAGAACGUGCUCUGCCCCCCCGGCCAGGGCGCGCAGGUAGCGUUCGGCGCCUUCGACGCGAGCGCCGUGCUGGUGGGCGCGAUGGGGGUGGGGCUGAUGCGCGCGGCCUUUGACGGUGCGUUGGCGUUUGCGAAGAGUGAUGCCCGCGGCGGUGCGGUGCCGCUGCUGGAGCGCCAGGCCGUGGCGGACUUGUUGUCCGGGGUCAAGAUGCAGGCCGAGGCGGCGCGGGCGCUGACGUGGAAGGCGGCGCAUGCGAUGGAGCAUGGGCCCGGGGGGUAUGAGGCGAGGAGGGAGUUGGCGCUGGCCGCGAAGGUGUUUUGUAGUGAGGCGGCGGUGAAGGCGUGUGUGGAUGUGAUUAAUGCGGUUGGCGUUACGGCGUAUGAUGUCGAACAGCCCUUCGCGGAGCUCUUGAACAACGCGAUGGUGUUGCCUAUUUUUGACGGCGGCAAUGUUGGGAUUCGGAGGCGCCACUUGCAGCAGUUGAUGCUGUCCCCAACGUACGACGCGUGGGCGGCGACGUAUGGCCCGUCGGAGAAGGCAUAGGUCGAGGUCUUUACAGGGGACGCUGAGACUACAGGAAUCCUACC